GUAAAACAUUACAUCAGAAAGAGUGUGACGGUACCACUCAUCGCCUGGGGAUAAAAAAAAGCGUGGGCUGCAUGAAUUUUCUGGAGAGAGAGAGAGAGAGAGAGAGAGAGGAAUCUGAAACUAGCACUAAUAUUUUUCUCAAGUCUUCCAUUACAAAAUCAAAACUCAUGAGCUUUCGAUUCACCACACACGAGCAUUAUAAUGACGGUACAACUUCAUUGACUCAAAGUACUGUCAUUGUACGUGAACUAGACGACAACGAAUCUGCACAACCCGACUUGCUCAAAGCACCACCACCGACAUACGAGAUCGAAAGUGGGGUUUCGUCCGAAGAAGAAGACGAAUACUCUAUGCUCACACCUCAAGACGAUCGUAAUGAAGAAGACAGAGACGAGGAUGAGGAUCAAGAAAUACUACAUGAUCACUGGUUUCCAUCAUUAUUACACCGAUCGAUUAUUGAAUUUCUGGAUGACGACGACGGAGACGACGAUAUCUAUAUGAUGGACCAUCCAUUUGACAUGCUUACGUCAAACGAGUCUGCGGUGAUUGUGGAACAAGGUGACCAAGAUGAUGAAGACGAAGACGACGACAGACAGGAUAAAAACAAGGCAUAUUACCGGCACGUUCAUUUAGAAGGGGAUGGUGAUGAUGACAUGGAGCAAGAGGAGGAGCCGAUAUCUGACAAGAAACGCAGCAGCCCCCCACGCCGCCGACGACACAAGAAACGAUCCAAGCAUGUUGCUGGUGAUAAAGAGAACGAAGAAGUGCCCAUCGAGGUUGUACAUAUACUUUUAUAAGGACGGACAAUGGUGUAGAAGAAUAAGCAUUUCGUACAUAUAUCAUACACACACACACACAGGUCUUUGACACAUCAUGCAAACAUAUUCUCACUCGCUGGUUGAAUAUACAUGCAAAAAGCUUGUUUCCCUAUUUUCGUUCUUUCCAAGAAGAUCCUUCCCUUACUUUUUGUUUGUCUAGAACAUCAAGUGAUGGCGAGGUGGGUUUAUAGAUAGAAACAAAAGGAGAGACGUGGUGUGCUAUGUAUAACUGUAGUAGAGUGGUGUCUCUUGUUAGGGAGGACUUAGCUGUACUAUCUUUAUAAAUCAAAACGACUUUUUUCCAGUGUAGAAAGAAACAUGUGUUUACUCGUGACGCUAUGGGUUGUCAGCAAGUGAGUUUCUUCCUAGUUGCUGCUCUUUCUGCUGCUGCUAUAAAUAAAAGGGUCUUUUUCUUUUUUCUACCUGGACUGACG